GCAACAUAAAAGCGUCUAAUUUUACUUUAUCUUUGUCAAGCGACAAAUGUAGUGAAUUAGUUUAUCAGUGUUAAUAUUUGAAAAUGUCCAUCCAGAAGAAACUAAUAGUCGUAGGUGAUGGCGCCUGUGGAAAAACCUGUCUUUUGAUAGCAUUUGCCAAAGACAUAUUCAAUGCAGAGUACAGACCCACUGUGUUCGAAAACUAUGUAGCAGAUAUUGAAGUUGACGGCAAAAAUGUCGAAUUGUCUCUUUGGGACACUUCCGGACAAGAAGACUAUGAUCGUUUAAGACCCAUCCAAUAUCCAGAAACAGACGUUGUUUUGAUUUGCUUUUCAGUAGCAUGGCGAGAUUCUUUGGAAAAUGUUCCCGUUCGGUGGUGGCCUGAAGUGAAACACUUUUGCCCAAAUGUGCCCAUUUUGCUGAUUGGAACAAAAAGUGACUUACGAGAAGACAAAGAAGAACUGGCAAAGUUAGAGAAAAUGAAGAAGAAACCAGUAGCAAGAGACGAUGCGGAAACUGUUGCUAAGAGAAUAGAAGCAGUAACUUAUCUUGAAUGUUCCGCAAAGACUAAAUUCAAUGUUCACACUGUGUUUGCGGAAGCGGCUAGAGCUACGAUUAGUCAAAAGAAGAAAAAGAAAAAAUCUAAUUGUGUAUUAAUUUAAUUUUAAAAUGACAAAUAUGUGUAGUGAUAUAAAAAAUAAUAGAACAUUGUAACAUUUUGUUCUUCAGUGAAUUAUGAAUAGAUAAUUUAAAAAUU